ACGGGCGCGCCACCCCAUGAGCCAGGAGCCCGGGACUCCAGCUCCGGGAAGCAGGUCGUCGGUCUGUCAGCCUGCUUACCGCGCGACUUCGGGCACAAGGAACGUCUGCGCCACAAACUUGGACGAGAGAGGCUGUAGCGGUCGAGGGCUGCUGAAGAAAGUAGAGGCGGAUAAAGAGUGAGCGACGCCUGAAGGAGACGUCAGCAGAGCGCACCGGAAGCGGUCAGAGAAUGACGAGUGCCGUCUACCAUGCCUUUUCUCAGAAGGAGGCAAAAGAGUUCGACAUUCAGCACAUGGGAGCCCAGCGGGCCGAGGCCUUCGUGAAGGCCUUCCUGAGGCGGAGCAUGCCCCGCAUGAGCCAGCAAGCCCUAGAGGACCACCUGCAACGCAAGGCCGUUGUCCUGGAGUACUUCACUCACCGGAAGCAAAAGGAAAAGAGAAAGAAAUCUAAAGGCCUUUCUGCUAAGCAGAGGAGGGAGCUGCGGCUCUUUGACAUUAAACCAGAGCAGCAGAGAUACAGUCUUUUUCUCCCUCUACAUGAACUCUGGAAACAGUACAUCCGGGAUCUAUGCAACGGCCUCAAACCAGACACGCAGCCACAGAUGAUUCAGGCCAAGCUUCUAAAGGCAGAUCUUCACGGCGCUAUUGUUUCAGUUACAAAAUCCAAGUGCCCCUCCUAUGUGGGUGUUACAGGGAUCCUUCUACAAGAAACAAAGCAUGUUUUCAAAAUUAUCACUAAAGAAGACCGCCUGAAAGUUAUCCCCAAGCAAAACUGUGUGUUCACCGUGGAGAUCGAUGGCUUUAUUUCCUACAUUUAUGGUAGCAAAUUCCAGCUGCGGUCAAGUGAGCGGUCUGCAAAAAAGUUCAAAGCCAAGGGAACAAUUGACCUGUGAGCUGUUACUGCCUAAGGGGAUUAUUUAUGCCAGCCAAAGACUGGAAACAUCCGCCUUUCAGGGAAGAGAUGGUCAGGCCAGUUCUGGUUAUAGACCACUUCCAGCCAGUUUAAAUCAGCAUUAAGGACAUUUAGUCAUCUGGGGAGAAGCACACUGUACUGAGCACAGAAUUCAGGGACCAGAGGGAUGUGUCUUUACAGAUGCUCUCGUUUUUCUGUUACUCCCAUGGAGAGAAAAGAUUGGCAGAAAGCACCAGGAGUAACACAAGUUGAC